UAGAGGGCGCCAAAGGUCGCUACAAGCCAAACGAUUAGAGUAGACGCCAAAGAAAGUAAAGUGAAAAUUUGUAAAUAAGUCAAGAUAUUGAACAGGCAAGAUGGCUGCUGAAGAAAGAGACAUCGAGGAGACUGAGGAGUUCACGUUGGCUGUGAAAUAUGUGCUGAAGAGACAGAUGAAGGAUCUGAUCACUCAGAUGCGUGAACAGGGCGAGGAGAUGGUAGUGAUGGCUGUAAACAUUCAGGAUGGUACUUCCACACAUUUUGGAACUCCGCUUGGGGACUGUUUCAUUACAGAACAGAAGUCGCUCACCAAUAACUUUGUCACCUUCUGUAAAUCAAAUGGACAAAAAAAGUCUAAAGCGGUGGGAACCCAGUAUUCCUCCAAGAAAAUUGCUGCUACACCAAAGGGGAGAGCAAAAGCAGCCACCUCAGCCUCAACAGACGCCCCAACAUUGAAGAUCACUGUUCCCAAGAAAAUGAGUGUUGGUAUAUCGGAGCAGGAACUGGGAGGCCUUGUUGGACGCAUUGUGGCUUCUCAGCUUACACAGAACAAAGCUAAAGGUGAUGGUUCCAGUGGUGGUACCAAGUUUGACGCAUUGCUGGAGUCUAUCAAAAAAGGAAAGGCCCCUGACACACCAUCCGGAGUUACAAGGAGCGGAAGGAAAGUCAGCAACAAAUACCUUGAGGGAAUCAAGAGUGCCAGAAAGCGAGUCAAGCUAGAGAAGGAAGACUCUGGGGAUGAGGAAAUACCAGAAAGUUUUAUUCUCAACCAGCUGACUGACUUAGAAGCAGGGGCUAUGAAGAAGGUUCAGGUCAAGACUGGCGAUGGUAAGAACAUAGAUGUACAGAAGACCACGCUGGCCCAGGCCGAGCAGAUGGAGAUCCUGGCCACCUCCAUCAUCAAACAGCUGGAGAAUAUCCCCAAUGUUGCCCAGAGGAAGCAGGUCAAGGUGGAGCUAAAAAGAGCAGCGAAACGAGAUAUUAGCAUAGCGUACAUGGACGGCUCUGAGAGAACAUCUAAUAACAAGCGUGCAGAAGGUUCUGGACUCAUAGAUGAUGAAGGGGACAAUCUAGAAUCUGUGAUGGACGAUGCACAAACUGAAUAUGCAGACUAUGUUGAAAUGAAAGGCUCGGACCUAGCAGAGUUACCGGACGAUCAGGAGUUUUCAUCUUUGUUUGGGAACUCUACAACUGAGGGUGAUAACUUUGGUGCAGAUGUUGGUAAUUCGGAUGACCAUCUUGAUGCUUCAAGAGAUGAUGAUGAUGAUGAUUAUGAUGAAGACUCUGCUGACCCAAACUGGGAUGAUGACAAUGAUGAGGACAAGGAGGAUGGUAAACCCCUUCCAAAAAGAAGAAAAAUUGCAAGUCCCAAAAAAUCAGGAAAAACAAAAAGAGGAAGGAAGUCGGCUGCAAACGUUGAGGAAAUUGAAAAUCCAAGAUGUGAACUUUGUGACAUGAAUUUUACAAGGAUUGAUACUUUAGUUGCACACAACAGGCGUGUUCAUGACAAAGAGAGACGAGCUUGGUGUGAUGUAUGCAAUAAAGGAUUUUUUACAAAAAGUCACAUGGAAAUUCAUCAGUUGGCUGUUCAUACACGACAGUGCUACAAAUGUACACAGUACAUACAAGAAACUGAGGCUUGGAAACCCGAUGUCAACAGACGGAUGCUGCGUAAGUUUAAAUGUCCAUGUGGGGUGGUCCUGAAAAUAUUCCCGUGCCACGACAAAUCUGUUGCUUACGCAGAUUUUAUGGCAGAAGAGCUACCAGAUACAGCUGACGCAGAAGAUUUACCGUUAGGGCGUGUCGUGACGGGUUACCUGUCAUGUGACCCGUGCGGUAAACUUUUCCAGAACAAACACGAGUAUGAUCGGCAUAUCGAGUCGCAUAAAAAGGACAGCGAACUUUGUAACGUGUGCAACCGAACAUUUAGAAACAAGAACUUAUUAAACUUUCAUCUCAAAAGAAACCAUGGUGUAGUUGACUACCAUUGUAAAUACUGCGGUGAGACUUCUGAUGAUAAGAAAACUCUUAAAAAACACUUGAUUGAAGUUCAUGGCAUGACUCAAGAAGAACCAUAUUCAGGGCGCAUUCGUGCUCCAAUGACUUGUGAUCAAUGUGGAAUAACCAUCAGGGGUAAGAAUGCUAUGAAGUCGCACAUAAAUAGGGUGCAUUUAAAGAAACUGGACUACAAGUGUAAAAUUUGUGGCAAAGCCUUUUGGUGUAAUUCCAUUCUCGAGGGCCACAUGUUAACCGUGCACACAAGAAGAUGUGACGAUUGCAAGAACUAUGUUGUCGAGACGGAGAAGUGGAUGGAGGGGAUGAACCAAAGAGUGCCGCGAAGAGUUACCUGUACGUGCGGGAAAUCCAUAGUUGUCGUAACAAAGCAUGGGACGAAAAGGAAGUUCGCACGUCAAGGGGAUCUUCAAAAUGCGGACGGACAGUCGGAUGACACGAGAUUUAUGUGUCGGAUCUGCACGGAGAUAUUCAUCACACACGAGGAGUGUGAGCUCCAUCAGAUGGUGCACAUGGAGAAACUGAAAUGUGAAUAUUGUGAAAAGACUUUUACCUCAAAAAGAGGUUUGCGAAGCCAUGUGGAUAAGGUGCACCCACGAGAUAAGGUAACAAAGGCCAGCGAAAAAGGCGGCUUUCCAGUGACUGUAACAAUUGUUUCAGACGCUGAAGGUAUGUCGGCUGAUGCUGUGCCACCUUCUUGGGAGUUCAGUAUUGAUGACAAGUGAUCUUCUGGUAAAAUGGAGCAGCUGUUCAAGACAAAAAAUCUAUGUUCUUUUUCUCAAGUAGCUUGAACAUUUUGAGGUUUUAGUUGACGAAGAAGACGUGUGGUUCUGGGCUCAGGACAGGCGAGCAGCCUCCACCCGAGAUUGACCGAUGUUUGUGGAACAGAACGAACGGGGCGGCAGCCACCGAAACACUCGCGGAACAUUCCUGAGUUUAAAGUGUUUUUCUUGUGAAAAUUACUUGUUCAGUUUUCAAGUAGUUAGUACAUACAUUAUUUAACUAAAGGCCUAACUUUUACGUGUUGAAUAACAGUGAUGCAUAAAAUAACAGAACUUUUUGUAAAAGAUUUCGCAUAGGCCAAAAUUGACUGUGGAUAUUUGAUGUAAUCAUAUAUUAAUUGCCUGAUGAUACAACUGCACAAUCUAUGAUAGAGGGCCAGGCCACAAAGAGAAACAAAACAGUGUCAUCUGGCCGAUUGUUCUGAACUUUGUUAUUGUUAACAGCGUGAUUAGCGACAUUCUUGUUAACUCAAAUGCAAAAAAAUAAUGAUGAGCUUAUGUUUUUUAAAUCUUAACAAGUAUGGCUAAAACUUUUGUAACAAAUCUUGUUAGAUCACAAGGGUAUUCAUUAAACUUCCAUUAAACUUCCAGCAACGUGGUUAACUAAAGUAAGCUCUUAUUUAAAAUCAAUACUUACACAUGUAUAUAAACACACACGAGUUUUGAGUGAUACACCUUAAACUACUUACUAAAUAAUCCAUUUAUGAAAAAUAUGCAUCACUGAUAUUAAACAAGAUUGUAACCGAGUAUUCAAUAGCUGAAAACGCAAAAAAAUGAUUGGUGAGUGCUAAAAGAUUUACAGUGAUCUACUUUCGUCUUAUAAGGUUCAAAAACCGUAUUUUCUGCACAUUUCUUUCAAAAUAAAAACAUUAUCCUUCAUAAAAAUAUUGUUUUCGACAUUUAUUCAUUCUUUUAGUAUAUAAAAACUAUUGAAUUUAUUGUUGAAAGUCUUUUUGGGAAUAAGAUUGCAUCUUUUAACAAAGUUCUGAACAAUCUGCCCAGUGUUUAAAUUCUUAUAAAAUGGACAUGUAAUUAAGGAUUUGGCCAACAAUGUUUUAAACAACAGUUAUGGUCUUUUUUCAAUCUUUGGAUACAGUCUGCCUUUGGAAUGAUAAAAAUAAACGUAAGCAGUGGGAUUUUUUGGAACUUUUAUUACCCGCCUGUGCCUUGCAAAUUUAGAAAUAAGUCGACAUUGGAAAAUUUAUACAAACUCUGGCCAAAAUAGCUUCUAUAAUGGCAUAUAUAUACAUGUGUUUUCUUUUUAAUUCAUACACUAUGCUGUGAAAGAGUUCGUCUUUUCAUUGUUUUGUUUAUUUUUCAAGAAAUCCAUUGCUUUUUUAUUCAUUAACGUAAUCUGAUCAAAUCAAAUUGAUCAAAUUAGGGAAAAAAAUUGGGGGGUAAAAUGGACAUUUUUUUCGCAAGGGGAAACAGCCUUUUAGAUGAUAGUUCUACUAAAAAGGAGGGACAUUCAACUAACUAUUCGUGUCAUUUCUUCACUACAGUCGAACCCCGUUGGCUCGAACUCCCAGAGACCAGCGAAAAUACUUUGAGCCUCGUAAAAUUUGAGUCAAGCUGGAAUGUUUACCUUUGCAUUUAGUUCGACCCAACACUAUUCGUGCCUAUCGAGUUUAAGCUAACCGGUUUCUACUGUAAAUUAAAUGUCAAUAUCCUGAUAUUUCUUUGUCAAAGUAUAAAGAAUAUGCACAAGUGUGAUUUUGCAUAUUCAACUUAAAGCUGAACGCUCACAGAUUGACCAUUUUGACAACUUUUUUUGUCUUGGAAUGAACCAAUUUCGGCGUAAAUAUCUGAGAACCAGUAGUAUACUACUGGUGACAUAAUAAUAGAUUGAAUAUUUUAACAUUUACGUUUGAAAAUUGAAGUUUUAUGGUUAAAAGCUUUAGUAACGCUUCAACAAAAAUGAGUUUUUCGGCAUUAAACAUCAAUUUUCGAGAUAAAUAUGAAAAACUGCGAUCUGAUCUUUUGUCAGCAUUCUUAUAUUACUGGUUCCACACAUUAACAAAA